CUUAAGGGAGUUGCUGACAAAGAAGCGCAAAUGGGCUGAUCUGGAGAAGGUAACCCUUACUUCUGAAUGUAGUGCUGUGAUUCAGAAUAAAUUACCAGAAAAGAGGGAUGAUCCGGGCAGCUUCACCAUUCCAUGUGUCAUUGGAGGUACAGAAUUCAAUAAAUCACUUUGUGAUCUUGGAGCAGGAAUUAAUUUGAUGCCAUACUCAGUCUACAAGAAAUUGGGAUUGGGAGAUGUUCUUAAGCCUACUCGGAUCACUCUCCAAUUGGCUGAUCGAUCAGUAAAAAUUCCAAAAGGAGUGGUGGAGAAUGUAUUGGUGAAGGUGGGGAAGUUUAUUCUCCCUACAGAUUUUGUGAUUCUGGAGAUGGAAGAAGAUCGGGGAGUGCCUCUCAUUCUUGGUAGACCUUUUCUAGCCACUGGCGAUGCACUCAUCGAUGUUGGGAGAGGCAAGUUGACAUUCCGAGUAGGUAAGGAGGAGGAAAUUUUUAAUGUCUUUCAAAUUGAUCAUAAUCAUGAUGCAUUUGAUGACUUUGAAAGUGGAGCUCGAGAAAGGAAAAAUCCCUCUUCCUGUGAUAGUGGACCAUCCGAAGAACUAUCACCUAUCCUAUCUGCUCAGAUUCUGAAAUCAAAGCAAGGGCAGAAAUCCUUGCCAGGUCACCUCAAGUAUAGAUAUUUGGGUAAGGAUUUCAAUAUUCCUGUUAUUAUUCCUUCUUCACUGACAUUGAAACAGGAAGAGUACUUGCUUGAGGCGCUGCAGUACCACCUACGCCUCACUAAAGGGUCCAACAUGCAAGAUAAGAAGGUCAUACCAAAUUUUCGUACACCUGGCCCUGCAGAGGUGACUCAUAUGUUAGAUGGAGGCUAUGCGUUCUAUCAUUGCUCGGGAGGGUAUGCUGGAUACCUUUCCAUACCCAUUGGUUGAAAGCUCCAUAAACGUCAGGCUGAGGACGUUAAACAAGCGCUUCUUGGGAGGCAACCCAAGGUAAGUUUUCUUUUCUUUAUUUUUAUUUUUAGUUGUGUCAAACCCGUGCAUGUUUAGAUUAGGAGUUGAACAUUAGGGACAAUGUUCCAUCCUGAGUGUGGGGUGGUGAGUCUUAGUGUUGUUUGUCCCUGUUGCAUGUGGUAAAAAAAAAAAAUCCAAAAAUCCAAAAAAAAAAAAAAAUUCAAAAUUUUUUUUUUGUUCCUUUUGUCAUGUGGUCGGUAAAAAAAAAAAAAACAAAAAAUCCAAAAAAAAAAUUGCCAUUAGGUUGAGCACAGCCAAACUGCAUGCAGUUUGCCUGUGUAAAAAGCAGUCUGCCUGUGCAAAGCUAAUGGCUUAAAAACACCUAAAAAUCAGAAAAAUUAAAAACAAAACCUUGUACUCUUGUGGUAAUAUGAUGUAAAUUACUGUGAUGCGUGUGAAAUGAGUUUGUGCUUGAAUAAAAUCAUCAAAAUCACCCCACUAGUGUUGAAUUGCAUGGUUCUUCACAAUGAGCUUGAAUGUUUUGACUGACUUGAUAUGCUUUGAAUGAGCAACUCAUUUAGCAACAUUCUCUUUUGUGAGGAUAGUGUAACGGCUUUUGGUGAAGUAGUUAGGUGGAGAACAUUGACCAUUCGAUAUGUUUGGAUACCGUGCUUACUUGCAUCAAUUGUGAGCUUUUGAUUUUGCAAUGAGUCUCUCUGUUUUGAAUGUUUUAUGAUGGGGCGAACUGUAUCUUCAUAAAAGAAAACACUACCUGACAAGUAAAAUAUAAGAAAGUUGCCAUAACAAUUAAAGUGUGGGUAAAAAUGCCAAAAUCGUGUGAGGCAAUCACUCAUUGCACAUGGGGAUGAGGAAAGAUUCAAUUGAGAAUCGGUUCGCGACCGUACGAUGUUGCUUAUCAAGUACGAUCCCCAGUUGAGUGAAGUGCCAUUUGAGGAUGUGCAAUGACCCUCCACACGGACCGAGGAUAAGGAGUUAAAAGAAGCUCUUAUGCGAGUGCUAAGAAGCAGAAAUUGCUCUUGCUCGGUCACCGGUAGUAAGAAACAAAUCCCACUUGUACUAAAUACGACCUCUCGGCAAGCAAAAGCAGAAAGAGAGAAAGCCUCUCCUUGUCAUAAAAGGUAGUGAUGUGCUUAAAGUAAAAUCAUGUUUGCGAAAGGCUUCCCCCAUUAGUUUUUGAGACUCAUGCUUAAUUAAUUGCUUAUGAUUGGUGUGAGUAAGCCAGACUGUCCUCACGAGAUAUGCACCUCACUGAUGUGGUUAGAUUCUCCUAAUAAUUGUUGCACCAUAAGUUGUUAACCACCCGCUACCGAUGAUCGAAUUUGAGUGUUGCUAUUUGAGUUUUUGAUGGAUUUGAGUCAGUCAAUGGUAAUGGUUGCAAAGAACUUGAGUGUGGGGUGAAAAGUAUGACCAUUAAAACACAACUCAUCCGUUGAGAAAGAAACUACUGAUUACAACAAGAGUACAAGGAAAAUUUUGUUGUGUUUGAGUGUUUGAUUAGUGAGUCUGUGGUGUGUCAUUGUUAUGAUUGGUUAUGUGUUUGUGUCAUUUGAGUCGUUGCUUAGGGACAAGCAACAAUUGAGUGUGGGGUUGUGAUAAUCGGCUUUAACAUAUUGAAUUCUUAUACUUUAUGUGAUUAUUCGUGGUAUGUUUUAGUCAAUUGGUGCUAUUUUAGGGCUCGCUAACCCGAGAAUGGUUGAAAAACCAUUACUGUCUAGUGCCAUGAGUUUGAUGUAUUACAGGUGAAGAGAACACGAAAAAGAAGUUGCACCGACAAACAAUUCUCGAAGCUGGGCUCAAGGCCCAGCUGGAUGGGGAUUAAUGAAAUGGGCCAAAGCCC